AUGAAAAGUAAUAACUUUGAUAUGUUUCCCCCUUUUAAAACUACAUGUGUUACUGAUGAAACAGAAGCAAGAAAAGAUCUUAUUAUCAAUCAUAUGACUAGUCUAAGGAACCAAUUUGCGCAUUAUUUCAAAGAUCUAGAUAUGUCCAAAUACGAAUGGAUUAGAAAUCCAUUUGUUAUUGAUAAAUAUGAUGAUUUUGGUCUUCCAACGGCAGAGCAGAAAAUGAUAAUUGAUUUAUCUAGUGAUAGCACCUUGAAGCAGAUGUUUCAGGACGAAAAGAAUAUUGUUAAGUUUUGGUUACAAGUAAAUGACGAUUUUCCAACUUUGACAACUAAAGCUUUAGAAAUUUUAUUACCAUUUGUGACAUCCUACUUAUGUGAAAUUGGUUUUUCUGCAGUAGCAGUAUUAAAAACAAAGUACCGAUCACGUUUAGUGAUAGAAAAGGAACCUAGAACAGCGAUUUCUACAAUGGAGCUGCGGUUUGAGAAAAUUUGUGCUAAAAAACAAGCUCAACCGUCGCAUUAA